AUGGAGAAGCUCAAAGGAAUUAGCCAAGGCAUGCCAUGUAUCCAUGCAGUUACAGCAAUAAGGAAGAGGCAUGAUCAUCCAGAGGAAUAUGUGCAUCCAUGGUUAUGCAUGGAGUCAAUCCAUAAUACAUAUGCACAUUGUAUUCAACCUGUGCCAAGUCAGGAGUUUUGGACAAGAAGUGAGUAUUCAAGGCCAGAUCCUCCCAUCAUAAAGAGACCAAUAGGCAGGUCAAAGGUGCACAACAGACAGAAGGAUCUGGAUGAACCACUGAUGCAGCAAGGUGACAAGUUGAAGAGAUCAUUUAAAGUCACUUGUAGUAAAUGUUGUGCAGCGGGAUAUAAUUAUAAGACAUGCAAGGGUGCUCCAUCUGACCCCAACUGGAAACCUAAGACCAAGAAGUCUAAGAAAGGUGGCACAAGUUAA